AUAGAGAUGGCAAAUUGGGUACUGGCCCGCGGGCCUGGCCCGUAAGGGUUUGGUGCGGGGCGGGUUUGGGCCUAAGAAUUCAUGACCCGCAAAAAAGCGGGCUUUGCGGGAUGGAGCUUGCACGGUACCGGGUUGAAAGCGGGACGGCCCGUAACAACCGCGGGAAGACCCAGAUGAACCGCUAGACGCUUCAGUUGCUUUCGUCACCUGAAAUUCUGAAAACAAAACGAAAGAGAGAGUGGGAAGAGAUGGAGCUCCGACGAUGGCCGUGGGAAGAGAUGACAACGAUGGCCGUGGGAAGAGAUGAAGACGAUGGCCGUGGGAAGAGAUGAAGACGAUGGCCGUGGGAAGAGAUGGAGCUCCGACGAUGGCCGUUCGAUGUCCGACAGGCGACAAUGCUUCUGGUGACCACAUCGUGUUCAAUCUGCAGUAGAGGAGCUUCUCUUCCUUUUCGUUCCACCACCGACGAUGGCCGUUCGAUGUCCGACAGGCGACAAUGCUUCUUGAUGAUGUCUUCUCUGCUUCAUCUUCUUCUGCGAGUGUUUCAGCACCAUCUCCUUUCGGAGCAGCGCCAGCCAGUGGUUCAGCACCACUCUUUGGAUCUUCCUCAUCCUUAUUCUCCGCUCCUUCAUCUGCAGCCGGCUCGAGUUCUCCUCUCUUCGCUACAUCCUCAUCAUCUGCUACUACAACGCAGACAUCUCUUGUUGUGGCUUCGACGACUGGGACAAGCACAACUGUUGCAGCUCCAGUGGCUGGUGCUCCCAAGUUACCAUCUGAAAUAACUGGCAAAACUGUUGAGGAGGAGUGGAAUACUGAGCUAGAAGAGCGUACAGGGAGUUUCCGGAAACAGGCAAAUGCAAUAGCUGAAUGGGAUAAGCGGAUCCUGCAGAACCGUGAUGUUCUUUUGAGGCUUGAGGAAGAAGUAGACACUAUAAUACCCAAUAUCCCGCGGGACGGCCCGCGAAGGCUUGUAAAAAAUGCGGUACGGGAUUGGUCAGCUACUUUCAGAACCGCAUCCCGCGCGGGACAAGCCCGCCGUGUCCCGCCCAAAGACAAACCCGCAGCGGUCCGGGACGGGACGGGACGGGAGAGCCCAAUUGACAUCUCUAUCUGUCAAGAUGUUUGAUGUGUAAUACCUGCAGUGAAACAUCCAAUCUUUGUUUGAAAAUAGCAGAGUUUUUUUUUUUUUUAAAAGAAAUUUAGCAAAGAUUUGAGCUUAGAUCUUUACUCGGGGUCGACAUAUCCAGGUGUCCCGGCUAUGGCUGUAUUCAUAUGACUUCCUUCUGCUGCAUCAAACGCUCUUGAAAGGCCGAAACCGCCUAACUUGGCAUUGAAGUUUUCAUCUAAGAAUACAUUUGUGCACUUGACGUUUCUGUGAAUGAUGGGUGGCGUGCAGCCAGUAUGCAAAUACUCAAGUCCUAUAUAUAGACAAGGGAGUUUCACACUUUACGUUUUAUUACAGAACACACAACUCCAAGAGAUAAAAGCACAGAGUGGGUUUCAAGUGCUAACCUUGUG